GCGGUGCCCAGCGUCGUUCCAAGAUGGUGGCCGUUGCCCUUUUCCAAUAUGGCCGCGGCUUCGCCUCCCCCAAGAUGGCGUCUCGCAGCCUGAGGGCGGAAGUGCGUGAGGCCGCCGCGCAGGGUGCGCUGCCCUCUCCCAAGAUGGCGGAGGCGGCGUGGCGCUGGGCCGGGGACGGGGCGAGCAGCAGCAGCAGCGAGGACGAAGAGGGGGAGGGGCAGGGGGCUCCCCCGCGGCGGGUCUAUUUGCCGGGCCGGGGCCCCCCGCCGGGACCGGGCGAGGAGCUGGUGAUGGACGAGGAGGCCUAUGUGCUGUACCACCGGGCGGGCACGGGCGCCCCCUGUCUGAGUUUCGACGUGGUGCCCGACCCGCUGGGCCAGGAGCUUGGCCGCUUCCCGCUCAGCCUGCAGCUCUGUGCCGGCACCCAGGCCGAGAGCGCCCAGGCCAACAGGCUGCUGGUGAUGAAGAUGCACAAUCUGCACCGCACGGGGGCGGGUGCCGAGAGCAGCAACAGCGACGAGGAGGACGACGACGAGGAGGAGAAGAAGCCGCAGCUGGAGCUGGCCAUGAUCCCCCACUACGGGGGCAUCAACCGCGUUCGGGUCACCCAGCUGGGCGGGACGCAGGUGGCUGCCGUCUGGUCGGAGAAGGGGCAGGUGGAGAUUUACGACCUACAGCGCCCCCUGGUGGCCAUCUCAGACCCUCAGGCCAUGGCCACCUUUCUGCGGGAGGAGCAGGCCAAAAUCAAACCCCUCUUCUCCUUUGCCGGACACAUGACCGAGGGCUUUGCCAUGGACUGGUCCCCCAUGGUGCCCGGGCGUCUCGUGACUGGUGACUCAAACAAGAACAUUCACCUGUGGAGCCCCAAGGCGGACGGGACGUGGCACGUGGACCAGCGCCCCUUCACCGCCCACACCGCCUCCGUGGAGGACCUGCAGUGGUCGCCGACAGAAGCCACAGUGUUCGCCUCGUGCUCGGCGGACGGGUCCAUCCGGGUGUGGGACGUGCGGGCGGCGCCGGGCCGGGCCUGCAUGCUGACGGCCAGCCGGGCCCAUGCCAGCGACAUCAACGUCAUCAGCUGGAACCGCCACGAGCCCUUCCUCCUCAGUGGGGGGGACGACGGGGCCCUGCGCGUCUGGGACCUGCGCCUCUUCCAGACGGGCACGAGCGUGGCGACCUUCAAGCAGCACACAGCGCCCAUCACCUCGGUGGAGUGGCACCCCGCGGACGGGGGGGUGUUCGCGGCCGCCGGUGCGGACAACCAGGUGACCCAGUGGGACCUGGCGGUGGAGCGGGACCAGGAGGGGGAGGGGGAGAGCGAGGAUGACCCGGCCCUGGCCUCCAUCCCCCCCCAGCUGCUCUUCGUGCACCAGGGAGAGACCGACAUCAAGGAGCUGCACUGGCAGCCCCAGUGCCCGGGGGUCCUGAUCACCACCGCCCUGUCCGGCUUCACCGUCUUCCGCACCAUCAGCGUCUGACGGGGUGCAGGCGGGGGGCGAGAGCCUGGAGCCUCCCCCUUGCAGAUGGACCAUUCCAAGUGGGGCUGCUCCCAUUACACAGAAUGGGGAGAAAGCUUGGGGGGUGGAGGACUUGGUCUGUUCCAUAUAUCGGCUGCUACCAUUGCACUGGCAACAAGGGGAGAUUCCCCAGACAAGGAGCCGCAACACAAGCUUUCCCCCUCCUUGCUCCAUGCAGUUGGACUGUUCCAGUUAGUGGCUGCUACCAUUCCAUGAAAUGGGGGGGACGACGACAGUGUUAUCCACCUCCUUGCAGAUAGAGUAUGCCAACUGCUACCAUUGGUCAGAAUUUGGGGGUUGGUGGUGGCUGGACCUAGACCUUUCCAUUCUGCAUGGGGGGGAACACCCCUCUAGAAAAUGCAGUGUUCUGCGGCUUGUUUUUGGGAGCUACCAUCUAAUGUGGAUAUGGGAGGGGCUGAUUUCAAGCUAAUUUCCCCCUCAAUUGUACAUGGCUUGGUCUGAAUUUGGUUGCUACUACUUGGGAUGGGGGGGUCAUCAUCUCCAUUUUAUUGUGAUUACUCCAGAGGCUACCAAUUUUGCAUAGGUGGAGGGAGAAGAGUUGGUUCACUCCAACUAUAUUUUUGGGUGCUGCCACCAUACAGUGAUGGGGGGGGGGGAAGCUCGCUCCCAGGGGGUAGAGGGAUGGGAGACAGACCCCAAAAUACAGAGGGGGGCAGGAGGGUGUCACAGUCAGGUCCCUCCCACUUUAACCCCAGAUUGGGGGAGGGGUCCACUGUCUCUUCCCCCCCCCAUGGGCCCUGCCUGGGGGGGCAGGUUAGUACAUAAUAUCUAUUUUCUGGCAAGUUCAGUUUUAAUUAAAGAAAAAAAGUUUAUAACCUA